UUCCGGGUUCCAAUUGGGCUUUUGAUACGUGUGGGCCGCGCCCACUUUGCGUUAGCGGUGCAUUUAAAGAGCAAUGGCCGUGAUGGUUUUAAUCAGCUGUUGUCUGAGCCAUGCAGCGGCUUGUGCCCCAACUGGAAGUAUGUGUGCCUCCUGUGAGCCAUUCCCAAGAGUCCCUCUAUGGCAUGCCACAGACUCUGCUCCCAGAACCCUGGAUGCUGAUAAAUGGCAAUACUGCCAUGGAAGAUUUAUUUGGAGCCAGCACUUCUGAUUUUUUUAACUUCAACAGUGUUCCUUCCAGAUCCCGUUUUCUUAGUGCUCCUGGGUUAUUGUCAAAGGAAGAGUGCCCUCUGAACUUAUCUGGGAAUGAAUUGAGGUCUGAGUUUGCUGAAUCUAUCUCCUGCACUGAGCAAACGUAUGGUGCAAAUACAGUCAGUGUUGGUGUUGAUACAGAACUUGACCUUCUGGAAUUUGGCCGCUCAGAUUUCAGAAUGGCUACAUCUCCUGAUGCUGUCGGAUAUGAGACAGAUGAAGCCACUCUGCACAGACGGCAGAAACAAAUAGACUAUGGGAAGAAUACAGUUGGUUAUCAGUGCUACCUUCAACAGGUGCCCAAGACUGAAAGGAAGUCAGGGGUUCACCCCCGCACCCCCAACAAAUCUAAGAAAUACAGCCGCCGCUCCUGGGACAUGCAGAUAAAACUUUGGAGACGUGAUUUACAUGCUUGGGAUCCCCCUUCACAAAACUCGUUUCAGGAGGAUCAUUCCUUUAAGCAAACGCAGAGACUACUGGAAUCUUGGCUACAGGAAAGCAAUUCUUUGCAAAACCCAGACAUGGACUGGCUUGGUUUACAGCUCUCUUCUCUACAGAACUUGGGGUACAGUGAAGAUCAGAUUCAAAAUUCUUUUGAUUGGCUGCAGUUUCGUGGUCACACAAAUGACUACACCUACCCACACUGGAUAGGUUUAUAGACAAGACCACGAUACAUUGAGAUGACUCCUCUUUUCUGAAUAUCAACUAUUUCUGUGCUCAGUACUUUAAUUGCGACACUUAAUUUUUGAACACGUUAAAAGCCACAUGCUCUAAAAGAGCAUCCUGGAAGACAGGGUCUUUCUAGUUUGUCUGCAAACCUUUUCCGCUGAAGUUUGUCUCCUUCCAACAAAUAAAUGGCUUGGUGCAUUAUUCUUAACUGGUAUUAUAAAUGUCUAUAAAUGACUGAACUCAAA